CGGGAUGGGGAGUUAGGGGUAAUAUGCGUCAUUUGCCCACACUCCCACUUGCUUCGAAAACUCGCUCCAGAAGACAAUGAACCACCGCUAAGGCCUCGUUCGCGUUCACGGACGGCAAUCAAGAAGAAGAUGACGAUAAAGCCCAUCGCCAUCUACUUCUCACCGCCUCUCUGCAAUCUCUAGAGCUUCAACGAACCGUUUCCUAAGCCCUUUGUAUCAGAGAAGUUUCCACAAAUUGUCGGGAAUUCUGAUGGAUUUAGCAGCCAAACCCUCGAUUCUCAAUCACUCGACAUUCUCUGCAGCUUCGCGCCGUUCAUUUCUCUCCGCCUCUCACCGUCCAAUUCGACGAACGACGAACAAUUUCACUGCAAGUUUGCGUCGCUCUUCUCGGAAAUCCUCCAAUUUUGUCGCCGUAAGAUUUCGGGAAAAUGCGGUUUGUUACUGUGGAGUCCGUGCAAUAUCUGCCGCAGCUAAAGAUAGGGGAAGUGAUUGUGUUCAAGAGUCCGUUCCCAGUAUGAACUCAGGGCUUCUUGAAGUUUUGGUGAAGCGCGGAGCUGUGUUGGCGGCUGCUGUUGUUUGUGGGGCUUUUGUGUUUGGUUGCAGGAGAGCCUUUGCUGUGGAGGGCGUUGUCGGUGCCGGUUAUGGGGUUAUAGGACAGAGCAUAUUGUUGUUGAAGAAUUGUUGGCCAAAAGUGGUGCAGGUUCUUCUGGUGCUCAAGGAGCAAGGUUUAAUUUUGGCUGCGCUUUUUGGCCUCUCCGCGUUUUUCUCCAUGGCCGAAACUGCGAUUACCACGCUUUGGCCGUGGAAGGUGCGUGAAUUGGCUGAAAAAGAGUCUGAGAAUGGGGUCUUCAAAAUGCUUCGCAGUGAUGUUACUCGGUUCCUUACAACUAUACUCAUUGGCACAACUGUGGUAAACAUUGGAGCAACUGCACUUGUCACGGAGGCAGCAACAGCAAUAUUUGGGGAGGCUGGUGUCAGUGCAGCAACUGGAGUGAUGACCGUUGCUAUUUUGCUCCUCACUGAAAUUACUCCGAAAAGUAUAGCUGUUCACAAUGCCACUGAGGUUGCUAGGUUUGUGGUCAGGCCAGUGGCGUGGCUUUCCUUGAUACUAUAUCCAGUGGGAAGAGUUGUUACAUAUCUGUCAAUGGGAAUGCUAAAAUUGCUUGGUCUGAAAGGAAGAAGUGAACCAUACGUUACUGAAGAUGAAUUGAAGUUGAUGUUGCGAGGAGCAGAAUUAAGUGGGGCGAUUGAGGAGGAAGAACAGGAUAUGAUUGAAAAUGUGCUAGAAAUAAAAGAUACCCAUGUUAGAGAAGUAAUGACACCUCUUGUUGAUGUUGUUGCAAUUGAUGCCAGUGCAACACUCAUUGAUUUUCACAACUUGUGGGUGACUCAUCAGUAUUCCAGGGUCCCUGUUUUUGAGCAACGUGUUGAUAAUAUAGUGGGCAUUGCAUAUGCCAUGGAUCUUCUAGAUUAUGUUAAGAAGGGGGAGCUACUAGAAAGUUCUGGUGUGGGAGAUAUUGCACACAAACCUGCAUAUUUUGUCCCUGAUUCAAUGCUAGUCUGGAAUCUUCUUAGAGAGUUCCGCAUCAGGAAGGUCCACAUGGCUGUUGUACUUAAUGAGUAUGGUGGAACAGUUGGUAUAGUAACCCUAGAGGAUGUGGUUGAGGAAAUCGUUGGGGAAAUCUUCGAUGAAAAUGAUUCAAAAGAGGAAAUCCAGAAAAAGACUGGCUAUAUUGUUAUGCGUGGAGAGGGGAUAUAUGAUGUGGAUGCAAAUACAUCAAUUUACCUGCUUUCCGAAGAACUCAAUAUAAAAAUGCCUGAGGGUCAUCAGUAUGAGACAGUAUCAGGGUUUAUUUGUGAGGCAUUUGGAUAUAUCCCCAAGACUGGUGAAACCAUAAAAGUAAUACUUGAAAAGGAAAACCAAGAAGAGCCUGAUGAAUAUAAUGAAGCAGAACCUGACCACCAAGAUCAUAAAGAAAAACACCAAAUUUUUAAAGUUGAGAUAUUAGCGGGAAAUGCUAGAAAGGUUAGUGCAGUUCGGUUUGAGCGUGUAUACGGUGCCGAUGUGGCAUUGGAGUCAAAAGACAUAGCGAACUUGGUUCCCAAAAUCAUGAAAAGGCAAUGGAAUAGCGAUCAAGACUUAGACAAGACCGAGUACCAUGAAGUUCCAUACCAGAACAGAGAUGACGGCGACUCUUCUGUUGGCUUUGCAAUUAGUGAACAUGAUCAUGAACAUCCCAGUGAACAGUAGUUACAUUGUUCACAUGUCAUUCCUUUCAUACUCACCAAAAAAGAAGUAAAUUUGCCAAAGGUGGAAGUCUUGAUGAUGGACUCUAUGGAGAUCAGAACACUUUAUCUGAAAGAUUUGUUGGACGGUGGGAGGACCUUGACGUGGCAGCCUUGUUGUGGAGUGUGGCAAAUAAUCUGGAUGGGUCAUAGCGCGCAGUUGAAUUGGCAUUUUGGGAUUCAGUAAGUUCUCGCUUCUCUCCCAUCUCCAUUGGCUAGCGCAACUGUGUGACCGUUCCUAGGAGACUAGCAAUAGUGGAAUGGUAGAGAAGGAUACUUUGGUUUUCUGCACUUGUUAGAGGAAUCCAACUGAGAAUGUUGGCUUAAGACUUGGUGUGUUGGCUGCUGCUAGGGGUUCUUAAAAACGAUUGUAACCCUAUUUUAUAUAGGAAGAGACGGAUGUCAUUUAGGGCUAUGCAAAUAGUAUUUGAAAUUGGGGGGUGGUGUUGAGGGGGG